GAGGGCAUGGCCAGAGGGUGUGGAAGACCUGAAGACUACAUUUUCAUAAUUCCUACAGAUGCAGCAUAAUUGUAAUUUCCAAUUUCCUUCAUCCCACCAAAGAAGGCAGCUUACCUGCGGCCUUCCGUUGUAUUGUUUUUGGGAUCCCGUCGUCCUGCACCUUGUUUCUCUCGGUGCCUGUCAAGUCGUCGUUGUCCUUGUCUCUGCCCAUGACGAUUGCAGGCCCAGUGUUCCGCAUCGCAUGACGUCCUUGCUCGCCCUCGUUACUAUACUCGUCGUUAUUUAUGCGUCAGACCUACUGGACGGACCAUCGAAACUAUCCGCAGUGCAACCCGGACCAUCAGUUCUCGCCACACUCUGUCAUUGCCAUGCCCACAUACAAGCAGCAGGUCGACUCAUGAAUUAGGCCAUCUGCAUCCAGAGCCUCUCGGUGCCGCCCGACGUGAGAAGAUGCCCUCACUGUCGUUUUUCAAGAGGCGAAAGACUCGUGACCGCCAGAACAGCUCGACAGCCUCUGCCCGGGACGACAGCAGACCAGGGGCAGGCGGUGAGGCCCGUGGAGGCGAUGCAGCCCACGCAACGGGCGAACCAAGCGGCGCCGGUGCAGCGAUAGCGUCGCCUGACGGUGGUAAAAACGUGGCCAGGGAGGAUGAGAAGACCAAGGCGAAGCUUGCGCGGAGAGGCUCAACUAGGGAGCUCAUCAUCCGUGGGUUUCUGGGGCAUUCAGCGCGUGGCCACCGCAGGGAGCUUGAUACUGGUAGGUCUAGUCCCAGCUGGACGUCCCGCAGUGCUGCCUCGACGCCUCUGCCCGAAAACCACCCACCCCUAAUAAGGGGCGAGCAUGAGCACGAGCAUGAGCGUGAGCAUGAGCACCAGCGCCGGCGCCAGCGACAGGACCAGCACCCGCAUGGCCCUGAACUUGGCACCGAGCAUAAUAAGCUUGGCCACGGGUUCGAGCGUGAGAGGGAGCCCGAAUCUGAGCCCGAGAAUGCUACUCCAGCAGCAGCAGCAGCAGGCGCAGCCGCAGGCGCAACCGCAGGCGCAACAUCACCACCAGGGGAGUUGCCAGCACAACCAUCACAACCAUCCCCGACGCUGCGAGAGAAUCCAAGCCGGCGACCACGCCCUGUCAGUGCCGUUGCUGCCACCUCAAGCAUUGGCAGCAACCUGCCGAGCCGGUGGAAGUCACAGAGACUCAAGAGGCUGCAGAGCCUCGCGUUCAGGCCUCGCGAGAAGAAGGACAAGGAGAAGAAGACGGAUACGCCACAGGUCACGGUAACACCAGCCACAGCGACCACAACAUCUCCAUCGACUCACUCUGCGUCGGCUUCCGGCUCCUUCUCCCCUGCAUCACCGCGCUCUCCCGCAAACCCAGACAAGCCACUGCCGUCUCCCCCGCCAGAGCAUCACGGCGCGCCGGCAACCACAGUCUUUAGCCCGCCCCUGAAGCUCAACCGCAUCAUGGCAACCCUGUCGGACCAGGACCUCGAGAAGCUCUUCUCGGGUGCCCCGCAGUUUUUCGCGCGGGCUGAGGGGCACUACACAGGCGCGCCACAUCCUUCGGUCGCGUACCCAUGGGACGAGGCCCUAACCAUCAGAGACCUGACCGACCACUCCCAGAUUGACGAUGCCGCAUGGGGCUGCAUCACCGCAUGGCCCCACAUCACUCGCGAUGUUGACAGGGGCCCGUCCGCCUCGACAUCCGAGAAGAUGGCCGCCAAGCGCCGUGCCCACUUCUUCCCCAGGUGCAGGGAGAAGCCAAACAUGCUCAGUAUGCAGGGGCUCGAGAAGGGCACCAUGGGUUAUCAGGCCGCCCUGGAGCUCGGUGUCUCGGACGCCCUUAAGGAGGAGCAGUGGGGGUUUGGGAGCUUGGGCGCCAAGGAAAAGGCCGUCGUCGAGGCCAGGCAGGCCGCCCUGACGUCCAAAGACGGACUGAGGAGGAUGGAUGAGACCACGGUGCUCGACCACCUGAUGAAGAAUGCGCAGCGGUAUCAGGAGCAGCACCAGAAGGACAAGUCCACGUGCCACGAGCUGUUCCAGGAGCUGUUCACUCACAUCCUGCACCUGCCGAACCGGACAUUGACGGACCCCUACAGCCUGCCUGUUCAGAUCAUGGCUCUGCUCAAGGUUCUUGCCGCUCCCAACGUGUGGGUUGACUUCUCGCACGUCGAGUGGAGGAUACGGCUGGGGCAAAUUUUAUGGGGAACACCCGAUGACGACGACCAGGACAGUGUCAGUGAUGGCUCGUCUAUCACGGACGCAGAGGACUCGAAAGGCUUACAUGAAGAGAGAUACUGGCUCUUGCUGCAGAUUCUGCUUGCUUGCGAGCUGCUGGUGCGGCUGGACGCCAUUACAGAGGGCGACGAGCUGCCCGACGACGUCCGGCGUUCGGAUGUCUACCGAUUUGAGAGGGAUGCCAAUGCUUCGGUGAAAUGGUCACUGCACCUGGCCCGGGCGUGGUUGGAAAACAUCGAGAUCACCAAGACGAGACCGUCAGGGGAGCAUGAGGCACCCAAGGGCUGGCUUGCGAAUCUCACCCAAAAGAUGGCACUGACUAGUGAUCGCCCGCAUUCUAAGCACCACGACGCUCACAAACAACCCAGGGAGCAAUCCAUAUACGUCAUGAAGGGCAAAUACUGGGAGAGACAGGUCCGCGGCCUGACACACUUCGCGAGGAGGCUUAAAUGGCCGGGACUUGAGACCCAGGCAUCGCGAAUUUCUGACAACUGCCGCGUAGUCACGGAGGGAACGCCCCUCAAUACACCACUGGCCACCCCACUGUCAACAAGGACAAACAAAACCACAUCGUCGUAUUUCACGGCAGUGAAUGCAGAUGGCUCAGUGGAGAGGAAGCCUUCACGACGGCAGAAGGUUGGCGCAGCGCUGCAUCCUGCUGGCUGGCUUUCAAAGAGUUACGUCUCGGGCUUGAUGCUCCCAGGCGAAGGCCUCUACCACUUCAUCAUGUCGACGCUAAUCGAGAACGACGUGGCCGCGAUGACCAAGCUUGGGCCAAUGGCGAAUCUUUGCGGGGGGUUCAUGUACCAGGGCAAGAGCUUCUGGAGUACGGCGUGCGUGGUAGGACGCGUCUUGGCUGCUGGGAAGGGUGCUGUCGAGUGUAUGGGAUGGAUCUCGAGUGAUGUCACACCACUGGGACUGGGAGAUGGCUGGGUCGAUGUUGACAUUGAAGACAUACCCGAGGACGUGAAACGAACCGGCAAGCAAGCUAGGCUCUGGGGCAAGCUCGCCAUAGAGCGAGAGUCUUCAGUUCUUGGUGAAGGUUCCGAACAGGAUUCCGUCUUGCCGGCCGACUUCAUUAUCCCCUACGAAAACAAUUACAAAUCACCACCGCCUACAAUCAGUGUCGAGCUGAGGUCGCUCAUCCUGUCUGAACCUCUCGAUUCAGUACAGACCACACCGACGCUAGAAAUUGCAACUCCAUUCUCCGACUCCACGUCCCCUCAAGAGUUGAGAACAUAUACGCCCACGAUUACGUUCAACAUUACAAAUUGGGAGGAGGAUGAUGACGAGAUGGUCACAGUUCCCGUGGCAAAGGAUGUAUACUUCGUGACGGCGCACCCGUGUGUUCCCUCCCAACAUGUCAGGAUCCUGAAAUCGCCCUCCAGCCCUACCAUCCAACAGUUCGAUCUAUCAGACCCUUUCGCGCCGGGAAAUGGCAAGCAACCUGGCCAUGCCAAGAUCAAAUGCCACCCACUACACAAAUACUAUACUUAUACUGCUAUCCACCUCUCCGAGCUUCUGAACAAAUCCAGCUGGACCCUGGAGCAGCUCCUCAGCGACUCUUCGUCCAACUUUGGCCCGAGCAUUGCCCCAACAUCCAGCAGCGACAAAACGCCUCGUGUCCUCGUCAUCGACGCCAUGACUAAUUUUCUGCCGCAACCAGAGGCACACGAGAUCCCGCUGUCGCCCGCCAUCAGUCGGGCGAGCACGAACCAGAGCUCGUCGAGCCGGCACUCGUCGCUGAGCAGUGCCAGCGGACGGGUCGGGCCGGACAUGGAUUUCCAGGGGACGUCGCCAGACCGGAGCGGCAAGAACAAGGAGAGAGAUCGGGAGAACAGCGCCAAGGGCACGACCGAGCAGAAUAUGCAUUCCGAGACCCGUAGGCGGCAGUUUGGGAGCGACAUGGAGAUCCUGGUCAGGGCGCUUUGCGCGGAGAGGGGGUGGAACGCACUGAUUUCCCGCCGCAGGCGCGGUUGCCUUGCGUGUGCCAUCCGCGAGGCGGGCGCCCUUGGGUGGCGAGUUGUCAUCCGGGUCGACUGAGCGGCCCGGUGGGGUUCGAAAAGGAGGCUACUGGUUCGGAGUGAACCUCGGCCAUUGUACAAAAUUGUUUACGAUACCCUGAGCGAGCGCAUUUGGCAUUCAAGGAGCAUUGCGUGUUUCGAUCAGUAUGUUUCGUCUAGAGAAGCCAUCAGUCAAUCAACAACAGGGCUGGGAAAAUGUAUAGCUUGAAAUCAAGACAAUUGGAAUGGGGGCUCGCGUAGCAAGGGAGACUUGUCCCAUAAAAUCCAUAUUCCUGAGGACUGAUACUAGAAAUUCCAGAGCCGUCCCCUGCAGUGAAUACAUGCGAAAGGGGCAUAUUGAGUGUUACCAUGCAAUGUCUGUCUCAGCCACCACGGCCUUGCGUAACGUAUAUGCAACCAUGAUGAAUGCGUGAAACGCCGCUAAGCAAACGCCAUGAUCCUUAUCCUAACCUGUCAAAAAAAGAGUGAUGCCAUGUCGCCCGCGCCACUACCUCGCAAGAUGCUCGCUCAUUCCUCCCGCCAGUUUCACCGCAUCACAGCUCAUCAACACUCCACUCCUUCCAGCCCUUCUCCUCACCGGGCAGCUUCACGGCCUCCCACUCGGCCCGCGUGACAUUCUUCCACUCCUCGACCGGGAUCCACCCGAUAUAUGCCCUGUCGCCAAACCCACCGACCCAGUACACGUCGUCCACGACGAGACGCACCCACCCGGCCUCGUGAAUCCGGUUACCGGGCAGCCAGUACCGGGCGUCCGGGUGGGACCUCAGGAAGCAGUCCUGCAGGUCGGCGGCUUCGGCCUCGGAGGAGGGGCUGAUGUCCUCCAGGUGACCAAGCAGGCUAAACCGGGGCAGAUUGGCGGCGCUGUAGGGGACGGGGUCGUAGUCCGGCGGCAGGCCCGUCGUGGCGUCGUCGUCUGUGCCGGCCCACCAGCUGAAAAGCCAGGCGAGAGGGCUGUGUGACGACGACGACGACGACGACGACGACGACUUCGACUUUAUGCGCUUCGCGGGCGGGUACGGCGGGGCCCAGCCCACGCUUAUGGACAUGUUGCUACCCGCGGCGACGUUCUUGAAGCUGGUGGCGAUCUUGAUGGCCAGUAUUGUGGGGUUUCCUUGAUCCUCGGUGCCGCAGUCGGCGAUGUAGUCCAUCAGCCCGAUGGGCAUGCCGCCCAGAUUGGGUGGUCGGUUCUCGAGGGCGUCGGCAUCUCCGCUGAGGCGGCUGACGGACGAAGGGGAGGACUUUGAGGGUGUGGAGGGGAAUACAGUGGAGAGGGUGGCCAGCGGGCUGAGGGCUAGGAUGCGCCGGCCCAGCACGGCGGACUCAUACGAGGUCGGUAUACGCUGGGCGGCGGGCUGGGCGGGCGGCUGGACGGGCGAGGCUGUUGCGGCGUUGAGGGCCGCGAGGGCGGAAACUGAGGUUGUGAACUUCAUUGUAGGCUGUGUGGUCUGUGUGGUCCGUGUGUGGGAUGGUGAGAAGUCGUGGUGUGGGAGUCAGAGCAUCCGGAGGCGCGGGAGCGGGCGGUUGAGGAGGGAUCGAUGGGCG